AGAAUAAUUGAAGGAAAUGUAGGUGGAACCAGAAACACUGCCAGCCCAGACACACUCUAAUAUCCAGCACUGCUCUCUCUGUGACUCUCUGCAACUAUAGCCUAUAAAUAACCCCAUAGAAAGUUGGAUCUCAGGAAUUGCCAAGAAAAGAUUCUCUGGCCAUUGAUAGAAGAAAUGGGGGAAGAGAUAAAGAUGACCAAGGAGAAGAGGAUAAUGGUUGCAGUGGAUGAGAGUGAGGAGAGCAUGUAUGCACUGUCUUGGUGCCUCACCAACCUUCUUUCUCACAACACAAACAAAAACAUGACUCUUCUCCUCUUCUAUGUUCAACCCCCUCCCCCUCUCUACUCCUCCUCCUUUGAAUUCAAGGGGUUUUCAGGGUACUUGUUUGGUGGUGAUGUCAUUGCAAGCAUGGAGAAAUAUUGGAGGGAGUUGUCCGAUUCAGUGAUGAGCAGAGCUGAAGACGUCUGUAGAGGGUUCGACACCGAUGGCCGCAUUAGAGUGGAGAAGAAAGUUGGAAGAGGGGAUGCUAAAGAGGUGAUAUGUACGGCAGCUGAAAGGCUUGGAGCAGACAUCCUGGUUAUGGGAUGUCAUGACUACGGUUUCUUCAAGAGGGCACUUUUAGGAAGUGUGAGCAAUUACUGUGCCAAGAAUGCCAAGUGUCCCGUGGUGGUUGUGAAGCUGCCCAGGGAUGGUUGAGCAUUCAAUAAUUAAUUAUCAAAGGAAGACCACACAUUCACGUGGCUUUCUUACCUCUUCUAUAUCCUGGGCAAGAUAUAGCUAUAUGUGUGUAUAAAGAAUUCGCAUAUUUCUCUCACCCACUGCAAGAGACAUUAUGAAACACCAAAAAGGAAAUCUUAUUUUUGAUAGCAAACACACUUGUGCACUUACAAUUUGCUGUUACAUACUAAAAGGGAAAUUUCUAUAGGCUUCAUUAGAGUUUAGAAUUCGAGAGAAGAUCUCGGCAAAGGCAAACAUAAGGUUUGGACGCAGCAAAUUUUGUGCUCAGACAAAGCUUUUCACUGGGUCCAAUAUGCAGGAUACUGCAAAUCUUUUUGUGAUUUGUUCGGGCACAUUACAUGGGUAGUGAAAAAGGGUUGAAUGUUCUUUCCACCUUUCCUAUCACUCAAUUGUUCCCAUCUUUUCUUCAUCCGUAUCAAAAGCUUUCCUCGCUUGCUUCAGUUCCUCAUUCAUGGAUAGCAGUUCAGUGCAGCGGUUAAGCUUUGCCAAGUCCUGCAGAGGCCAUAAAUUGAGACAAUAUUGAGCUAUAAUUCAUCAGAUGAAUAAUAAUAUACAAUCAAAUGGGCAAGGCAGUGGCCGAAUUAGACGGGCUUUAAGGUCGAAAGUUUCGCCAGCCAUGAUGACUAUGGUGCAUAAUUGGUCUUGAAAAACCAAUUAGAGAAGACCCAACAUAUAUGUAUAUGUAUAUAAUGCGUGAAUUCUCUAAUAUCUAUGAAUAAAUAUUCUAGAAGGGGAAUGUUUCUAGAAGGAUUUUGGUUAUGAAAAUAGAAUAUUUAUUAAA